AUGCUGGGGAGCAGAGCUGUGAUGCUUCUAGUGCUGCUGCUGUUGCCACCCUGGACCACUCAGGACCGGACUGUGCCUGAAGGCAGCAGCCCUGCCUGGGCUCAGUGCCAGCAGCUCUCACAGAAGCUCUGCACACUGGCUUGGAGUGCACAUUCACCAAUGGGACAUGUGGAUCUACCAAGAUUCGCGGGAGAAAAGGAAGAUGACGAGAUUACAAGUGAUGUGCCCCAUAUCCAGUGUGAGGAUGGCUGUGAUCCCCAAGGACUCAGGGAUAACAGUCAGUCCUGUUUGCAAAGGAUCCACCAGGGCCUGGUUUUUUAUGAGAAGCUGCUGGGCUCAGACAUUUUCACAGGGGAGCCUGCUGUACUCCCUAAUGGCCCUGUGAGCCAGCUCCACACUUCCCUACUGGGUCUCAGGCAACUUUUGCAGCCUGAGGGGCACCACUGGGAGACUGAGCAGACUCCAAGCCCCAGUCCCAGCCAACCGUGGCAGCGCCUCCUUCUCCGCCCUAAGAUCCUUCGCAGCCUCCAGGCCUUUGUGGCUGUAGCUGCCAGAGUCUUUGCCCAUGGAGCAGCAACCCUGAGCCCCUAA